UGCGGAGACUCAGCGGUGGGAGACAGGAAAGCAGGCAGGAGCGGGUUUGAAGGAUUUGAGACGUUCAGAAAACUCGAUUCAAGUGAACAUUUCAUUUCAUUAGUUGUAUUUUCGACUUUAAAGCAACUGCGUGUUGCGGGGAAAACGGUAAUGUCGGUGAACAUGGACGAACUCAGACAUCAAGUCAUGAUCAACCAGUUUGUUUUGACGGCUGGAUGCGCCGCCGAUCAGGCGAAGCAGCUCCUACAAGCGGCCCACUGGCAGUUUGAGACGGCCUUAAGCUCCUUCUUCCAGGAGGCCAACAUCCCCAGUCACCACCACCAGAUGAUGUGUACUCCCAGAAACACUCCCGCCACGCCGCCCAACUUCCCGGACGCCAUCACCAUGUUCUCCAAGCUGCGAGCGUCGGAUUGUGGCCCCGGCGCCGGUAGCGGCCCCUCCCAGGCGUCCAUGGCCUGCUCCCCCCCGGCCCCUUCCUCCACGUCGGGCUUCAGCUCCUUCUGGGCCUCGUCGCCGCCCAGCCACCAGCCGGCCUGGCUGCCCCCGUCGUCGCCCACGGGCCACCACAUGCACCACCACCACUACCACCACCACCACCACCUGCAACAGACUCCCAUGUGGCCCCCCGUCUCUCAGCCCAGCAACUCCCAGCAGCCCCCCGUCGUGUCAGCGCUCCACGGCCAGAGAUGAGACUGAGCGGCUGCCUGCGAGGGGAGGCAGGGAGAGGGCGGCUGUUUCAUGUGUAGCCAAAUCUAUUUUUUUGGGGGGGGGGAGGUCUGGGGUUGGGGUUUCACAAGUGGAAUGAGAGGAAAUGGGGAAAAAAAGACAAAGACACUAUUUUCCUCUCUCGUUUUUUUUUUUCUAAACUGAAGACUCAGCAGGAGACGCUCUUCCUUUCCGUCUUCAUCACCAGUCAUCCGAGGCGAAGAAGAACCUGCACGGUCUCCCGUGGCGACACUGAGAAACUUCUUUCUUUUCAUCAUCAAUGCAAGCAAGCCCAGGACCCAGCAGAGCACUCUGAGGAUUGGAGCCAUGUUUUUUGUUGUCGUUGUUGUUGUUAUUUUAAGUAACUCUUCUUCUUUCCGAGGGCUCAGAAGUCGGCAAUAAGCAGCAGAUCCACACACAGACCGGCUUGUGGGUGAGAUGGCAUCAGACGCACGGAGCAGGUGGACAGUGGGUUUCAUUUACAGCCGUAGAACUGCUCCCCAAAGGGAAACCUAACUCUGGCUGGAUGACACGCCCGUGUAUAUCUCAUGUAUUACCUUAACGUCUGAGUCCCGGGACAGAUUCACCACACGUAAACACAUUUAGCACCUCCGAGACUCACCUGGAUGACAAAAUAUAUUCAUCCUGCUGCACAUUAAGAGCGAUUUCUCACGGUUUCCUGAUCCAGACAAAAAUGGUUCCUGUCUUUAUUUGUCGGACUUGAAAACAAAAUAAAGUUUUAUUAUCAGUUUGAUAGAGA